GCCGUCGGCCCUGGGGGCGGGACCACGCGGCAGCGAGCGGGCGGGGGGCUCGUGGCGCGCGCGCCCCGCACCCGAGGGCUGCGGAGAGAUAUUUUGGGUGGCAGGAGGCCCCUCGUCAUUUCCGCCGGGCAGCUAGUCGUGCUCGGGGCUUCACUCCCGCGCGUGAGGCGAGCGGGCAAGUUGGCUGAGGGCGUGCGGCAGAGGCUGCUUCCCUCGGCGACGCGACCCCUCAGCAACUCAAGCUAUGAACUGAAGCUCCCUAGGGACGGAGACCGGAGCGGAGCGGCGGAGGCAGCAGCAGCAGCAGCAGCCGCAGCAGCAGCCGCAGCAGCCGCCGCCUUAGCGGGAACUGAGCAGACCCGGCGCGGAGCCACGACUCCUGCACGUUUACCUCCCCGUCGCCGUUCCUGCCGGCGGUUGGCUAAGAGACGUUACAGCUGCGAGACCCGACACACAAAAGCCGCUUUCUCCGCGCCGCCCGCCCAGGGAGGCUGCGGCCAGCAAGGGACCCCACCUGAGAGCAGCUCGGGCUGCUGAGUUCGUUUUGUGUCUGAGCUCUGCGCUCUGCACGGAACCGACCCCGUACCCAUGGCUCUGAUAAUGGAACCGGUGAGCAAAUGGUCUCCGAGUCAAGUAGUGGACUGGAUGAAAGGUCUUGAUGACUGUUUGCAGCAGUAUAUUAAGAACUUCGAGAGGGAGAAGAUCAGUGGGGACCAGCUGCUGCGCAUUACACAUCAGGAGCUAGAAGAUCUGGGGGUUAGCCGCAUUGGCCAUCAGGAACUGAUCUUGGAAGCAGUUGACCUUCUGUGUGCAUUGAAUUAUGGCUUGGAAACAGAAAAUCUAAAAACCCUUUCUCACAAGUUGAAUGCAUCUGCCAAAAAUCUGCAGAAUUUUAUAACAGGGAGGAGAAGGAGUGGCCAUUAUGAUGGGAGGACCAGCCGAAAAUUGCCAAACGACUUUCUGACCUCAGUUGUGGAUCUGAUUGGAGCAGCCAAGAGUCUGCUUGCCUGGUUGGACAGGUCACCGUUUGCUGCUGUGACAGACUAUUCAGUUACAAGAAAUAAUGUCAUACAACUCUGCCUGGAGUUAACAACAAUUGUGCAACAGGAUUGUACUGUAUAUGAAACAGAGAAUAAAAUUCUUCACGUGUGUAAAACUCUUUCUGGAGUCUGUGACCACAUCAUAUCCCUGUCGUCAGAUCCUCUGGUUUCGCAGUCUGCUCACCUGGAAGUGAUUCAACUGGCAAACAUUAAACCAAGCGAAGGGCUGGGUAUGUAUAUUAAAUCUACAUAUGAUGGCCUCCAUGUAAUUACUGGAACCACAGAAAAUUCACCUGCAGAUCGGUGCAAGAAAAUCCAUGCUGGCGAUGAAGUGAUUCAAGUUAAUCAUCAGACUGUGGUGGGGUGGCAGUUGAAAAAUUUGGUGAAUGCACUACGAGAGGACCCGAGUGGUGUUAUCUUAACUUUGAAAAAGCGACCUCAGAGCAUGCUUACCUCAGCACCAGCUUUACUGAAAAAUAUGAGAUGGAAGCCCCUUGCUCUGCAGCCUCUUAUACCUAGAAGUCCCACAAGCAGCGUUGCCACGCCUUCCAGCACCAUCAGUACACCCACCAAAAGAGACAGUUCUGCCCUCCAGGAUCUCUACAUUCCCCCUCCUCCUGCAGAACCAUAUAUUCCCAGGGAUGAAAAAGGAAACCUUCCUUGUGAAGACCUCAGAGGACAUAUGGUGGGCAAGCCAGUGCAUAAGGGAUCUGAAUCACCAAAUUCAUUUCUGGAUCAGGAAUAUCGAAAGAGAUUUAAUAUUGUCGAAGAAGAUACUGUCUUAUAUUGCUAUGAAUAUGAAAAAGGAAGAUCAAGUAGUCAAGGAAGACGAGAAAGCACCCCAACUUAUGGCAAGCUACGACCUAUAUCUAUGCCAGUGGAAUAUAAUUGGGUGGGGGACUAUGAAGAUCCAAAUAAGAUGAAGAGAGAUAGUAGAAGAGAAAACUCUCUACUUCGGUAUAUGAGCAAUGAAAAGAUUGCUCAAGAAGAAUACAUGUUUCAGAGAAACAGCAAAAAGGACACAGGGAAGAAGUCAAAAAAGAAGGGUGAUAAGAGUAAUAGCCCAACUCACUAUUCAUUGCUACCUAGUUUACAAAUGGAUGCACUGAGACAAGACAUCAUGGGCACUCCUGUGCCAGAGACCACACUAUACCAUACAUUUCAGCAGUCCUCACUGCAGCACAAAUCAAAGAAGAAAAACAAAGGUCCUAUAGCAGGCAAGAGCAAAAGACGAAUUUCUUGCAAAGAUCUUGGCCGUGGUGACUGUGAAGGCUGGCUUUGGAAAAAGAAAGAUGCGAAGAGUUAUUUUUCACAGAAAUGGAAGAAAUAUUGGUUUGUCCUAAAGGAUGCAUCCCUUUAUUGGUAUAUUAAUGAGGAGGAUGAAAAAGCAGAAGGAUUCAUUAGCCUGCCUGAAUUUAAAAUUGAUAGAGCCAGUGAAUGCCGCAAAAAAUAUGCAUUCAAAGCCUGUCAUCCUAAAAUCAAAAGCUUUUAUUUUGCUGCUGAACAUCUUGAUGAUAUGAACAGGUGGCUUAACAGAAUUAAUAUGCUGACUGCAGGAUAUGCAGAAAGAGAGAGGAUUAAGCAGGAACAAGAUUACUGGAGUGAGAGUGACAAGGAAGAAGCAGAUACUCCAUCAACACCAAAACAAGAUAGCCCUCCACCCCCAUAUGAUACAUACCCACGACCUCCCUCGAUGAGUUGCGCCAGUCCUUAUGUGGAAGCAAAACAUAGCCGACUUUCCUCCACGGAGACUUCUCAGUCUCAGUCUUCUCAUGAAGAGUUUCGCCAGGAAGUAACUGGGAGCAGUGCAGUGUCUCCCAUUCGCAAGACAGCCAGUCAACGCCGCUCCUGGCAGGAUUUAAUUGAGACGCCACUGACAAGUUCAGGCUUACACUAUCUUCAGACUCUGCCCCUGGAGGAUUCUGUCUUCUCUGACUCCGCGGCCAUCUCCCCAGAGCACAGGCGGCAGUCUACCCUGCCAACUCAGAAAUGCCACCUGCAGGAUCACUAUGGGCCGUACCCCUUAGCUGAGAGUGAGAGGAUGCAAGUGCUAAAUGGAAAUGGGGGCAAGCCUCGAAGUUUUACUCUGCCUCGAGAUAGCGGGUUCAACCAUUGCUGUCUGAAUGCUCCAGUUAGUGCCUGUGACCCACAGGAUGACGUGCAACCCCCAGAGGUGGAGGAAGAGGAGGAGGAGGAGGAGGAGGAAGGGGAGGCAGCAGGGGAAAACAUAGGAGAAAAAAGUGAAAGUAGAGAAGAAAAGUUAGGAGACUCAUUGCAAGAUUUAUACAGGGCACUGGAGCAGGCCAGUCUGUCACCACUAGGAGAACAUCGUAUUUCAACCAAGAUGGAAUACAAGCUAUCAUUUAUAAAAAGAUGUAAUGAUCCUGUAAUGAAUGAAAAACUACACCGGCUGAGAAUUCUCAAAAGCACUUUAAAGGCCAGAGAAGGGGAAGUAGCCAUUAUCGAUAAAGUCCUAGACAAUCCAGACUUGACAUCUAAAGAAUUCCAACAAUGGAAGCAGAUGUACCUCGACCUUUUCUUGGAUAUCUGUCAAAAUACCACCUCAAAUGACCCACUGAGUAUUUCUUCUGAAGUAGAUGUAAUCACUUCCUCUCUAGCACACACUCAUUCAUACAUUGAAACGCAUGUCUAAAUGUAUUCUGCCUUCAGACCAUCUAGUACCUGCUGGUACUCUGAACAAGUAUAUAAGGUAGUUUUUAUAUCAAUGUGUGGAACACUUGACAAGCUAUACUUUAAUGUUACCAAGCUAUAUGAAACAAACCAUAUAUGGUCACAAUACCACUAUCUUUAAUGAGCAUUUGUAUAUUUUGUAUGCAAUCAGUGCUCAGCUUAUGUUUACCAUGUGCAAAAUCAACUGUCUUUAAUGACUUAAAAUUAACUUUUGCAAACAAUUCUAAAUACAGGUGGUCUUCAAGUAGUAAAACCACAAAAGGCAGUUUUCUAUCUAUGGUCAUCUUUUCUCCCUUUAAGUUAUUUUAUAUAAACAAGACUUCAAAAGUAAAUCACAUUUUUUCAGGUGCAGACAUCCUUGUGGGUGGGAAAGAAUUUAAACCUUUUUUAUAUUUAUUAAAAUGUUCUAAGAAUUUUCUUAAACAUUGCACAAAGUUUAAUGCUGUAGUUUUAUUUUUGUGAAAUGUAGAUGCGCAUACAAGAGCUAAGCAAAAUAGAAGAGCAUCGACAUAAGAAAAGUUCAGGUAUCUAAUAUUCGUCUUAAUAGUCUAUUAACUUGUGAAAGCUAAGUUAAUGGAAAUAUUAUUCCAAAUCUAUGAGAACACUUGGUGUAUCAGGGCAAAGCUUUGUAAGAUGUUUUUGUAACUAAGACCAAAAUUGAAGAUAGAGCUGCUUUAUUUUCUUGGUUUAAAUCUUCCUUUAUUUUUGUAGUGAUGAGAUGCUGAUUGUGUACAGAAGAAUUUGAGAGGGGAUUUUUAAAAACUGACUUAACACACCCAGAAAGGCAGCUAACAGCUAUAUAUAUAUAUAUAUAUAUAAAUUUCAGCCCAAACUCAUGUUUUUAAACUCCAACUCUUAAAAGACAACAAGGUAUAAACUGAAAUGAAUCAACUUUCCACUUAGUUUCCAAUUUUCCCCUAGUCCACUAAUUAAACUUACGUAAUUAUACUUCAGGUAGGGAAGUACAAUAUGUUUAGUUUCAGGCUGAUGUGUGUUAUAAAAAACAACAUUGAAAAAUAAAAAUGUACUUCUAAGGAGCAAGCAGGUGAUGGUCAUUCAGAGAGAUGUCACAUUGAAUUAUGAGAGAAACAAUUUAGAGGUUUUUUUCCUGGCUUCAUGAAUUGUUCUAUAGAGUGGAUGAAGUCUAAGGAAAAGUCCUCUUCAUAUAUUUCCAUUUAUAAGUGUCUUGUUUUUGAAAGUGAUCACAGCAUGAAAAUGACUGUGCUGCUUUUUAGUGUCUGGCUGCAAAAUGUACAAGUCACAAUUUGCUGUUUUUUUCAGGAGGAGAAAGGGAACCUCCUUUACUAUUCUAUAUCCUAAAAUCUACUUCUAAUCAGCUUUAUACUGUUGCCUGUACAGCUCAGUGAAUGUACUUUCAUCUUUAAGAGUUCAGAUAUAUGCCAGUGAAUAUUUUUGCUGUAGAGGAGAAAGUAAAAACUCCACAGCGGGGAUCUUUUUCUUUGCUUUUGAAACCACCAUUGAAUCACUAUCGUUUUGCAGACUUUGCACAACUGUACAGGAGAGUGGCCUUUCUACAGCACAUUUUCAGUAAUCCUAUAUUUAGUCAAAAUGGAUGAGAAAUCAUGUAUUAAUGUUUGUAUGGAAUUUUGGGUCCAGUGUAAUAUUUUUAUCAUUUAAAAAGAACUCUAUUUGUAAAAACAUUUAUUUACUGCAUGGAUAUUGACGCACAUUAAAUUUGUGGGAUUUUGUAUAUGUAAAAAACAAAACAAAACAAAACAAAAAACCUCUUGUCCUAAAAUGAAGUGUGCUUGUUAACAGGUGUUUAGACUUAUUGAUGUUUACUAGACCAAAUGUGUAUGUUCACUUAAAAAUAUAUGUACCUGAUGGAUGUGUCAUGUUUACAGUGGCCAGGUUGUGGCCUGUAAACAGCAAGCAGUUGACGGGAAGACUAGCUCUGUUGCUACUAAGCAGCUUUUACUUUUGUAAAGUCAGCUCUGUUGUUUUAAAUGGUGAAAAUUAAACUAAUGAAUUUGACAAGACUCGUGGCUAGCCUAGCAUGAAAGAGACCUUUUAACACUAUAUAAUAUCUGUACAUUUUAUUGCAUUCAUUUCAAAUCUAGGAGAGAGGCAGCACUGUAAACUGAAGUCAAAUAAAUUCAGCUCUUAAUGAA